UUGAUAUAUUUCCAUGACAGUUACAAGUCAAAAUUCACACAUGUACAAGAAAUUUUUGUUGAAAUAUGUUUUCAAAGGGGAUAAUUCUUAAACCAAACUACCUAAAUCCUAAUGCCCAUCAAAUUGCAGUGCUAAAUGUUUGGAGUCCUACCAGAAAUAUAAAUUUGCUUCAAAAGUGCAAGGACUGCUUGAACGCUCUGCUGAGGAGUCCGCACCAGAAGGAGAAAGUGUGUAAUGUGAGCGAAAGCUGCUGUACGGCGCGAGCCAGUGAGGAGCCGAGCCCCCACCUCGGCGUUACAGAGGUCACUACUCAGUACAGUGCCAAUGUUGUCAUCAUCGGAGCUGGCCUGGCGGGACUUUCAGCUGCUAAUCACCUCCAGGAAAAUGGGGUUGACAACAUCACAGUCAUAGAAGCUUGCCCACGCCCUGGAGGUCGAAUACUUUCCUCUUGGUUUGGAGAUUCUGUGAUUGAACUGGGUUCAACAAUAUGCAGACCUCAUACUACCAAUCCCAUUGUAAAUGACAUAUUCCACGAUAGACUUACAAAACCUCUCGUCAACAACGCCGAUCGAAGUAGGGGUCUGCUGCUACGGAGUGAUGGUAGUGUUAUUCCUUACCCACUUACAUUUGAAGUGUACCAGAUAUUCAAACAAAUUUGGGCGCUUGCCCAUGAAGUAGAGGCAGAGGAAAGUGGCCGAUCCAAGCACAGUGUGGUGAAAUUUCUGGGCGGCAGAAUUGAGCAAGAAGUGAGGAAUUUCCCCUCAAGCCAUCAAGUAGACGCCGAGAGAGUGUUCCACGGAUUGGCCAGCAUGAUAACUGCCAAGAGCAACCACGACAGUAGUCUUAUUACUUCUACCAACUUUGGGGAUUUUAUCCAGUUGCCUGGCAGUCGAAUAAAGGUUCCUCUCGGGCAUUUUGGUGAAAUCAACACACUGUACGAAGCUCUCCCACCAAAUAAAGUUCACUUUUGCAAAUCAGUAGUUAAAAUUAGAUGGGGAGGUGUAUCAGACGUCUUUCCACGUGGGGUGGUAAUCUGUGAGAAUGGAGAAAGUUUCCCGGCAGACUACAUAAUAAUCACUAUUCCACUCGGGGUACUAAAAGCUCUCUCUGACACUCUGUUCUGCCCCGGACUUCCGGCAUCGAAACUCGAUGCGAUCCUGAAGAUUCCUGUGGGCUUCAACAGUAAGAUAUUCCUGGAAUACUCGCAGCCCUUCUGGACGUGGAACAAAGACUUUGAGAAGGCGACUUUCGACGCCAAGUCCAUGGUGUGUAAAAAGGGCUGGCUGAAGGGGGUCGAUAGCGUUCAACUGGUGAAGGGUAGCAACCACAUCGUCCGCGUGACUGUAGCAGGACCACAAGCGCAGUGUAUGGAAUGUCUCAGCGACAAAGAGAUCAUCUGCGACCUCUCAGACUUCCUGAAGGAAGUCUUCUGCAAAAAGGACAUUCCAGAACCGGUGAAGAUAAAGAGGUCUGGCUGGUCGUGUGAUCCUUGCUUCUACGGCUCCUACACGUACCUGGGCUGCGGUGUAUCUUCCAAAGAUUUCUACAAUCUAGCGUCUCCACUUCCGGAGCAGACUGAGCUCUGUGACCCUGUCCUACUAUUUGCUGGGGAGGCCACCUGUCCCGUCAACUUCGGGACUAUCAGAGGAGCCAAGGCCAGUGGUAUCCGAGAGGCUGAGAGACUGCUGCAGCUCAUCAGGCUUCAGCAGGAGAAAGAGCCACCGUGCCCUCAACUUAUGGAAUGUAGUAUUUAAAAUUUUUGUCAAGACAAAAACUGUCAAAAGUUAUUGUAUUAAACAUAUCUAUCUACA